UUCUAGAUUACAAUUUCCGUUACAUAUAUGACCGUAGCCACGAAGAUUGUAGAUCGUGCUCAACGCUUUUUCUUUCGAACUGUGACAGAUUUUUUUGUUAAUUAAAUGGUUCCAAUAUUUCGUUGAUACUGAUCAUUCCAGGAAGAAUAUGACACGAUUAAAUUUUGUAAUCUUUAAAGAAUAAUUAUAAAUUAAAUUUUAACUUAAGAAUAUAAAUUAAAUUUAAAAAUGGUAUCUCUUAUCAAAGCAAGAGGGCUGCGUAUGUCAGCCCAGAAACAAGAGACACUGUUAAAGCUGACUAUACUUUCCUUUGCAGCAGUUUUAUCUUUUGCUACACGUUUAUUUUCUGUAUUAAGAUUUGAAAGUGUUAUACAUGAAUUUGAUCCAUAUUUUAAUUAUCGCACAACUAAAUAUUUAGCAGAAAAUGGAUUCUAUAGCUUUCAUAAUUGGUUUGAUGAUCGUGUAUGGUAUCCAUUAGGAAGAAUUAUCGGAGGAACAAUAUAUCCUGGUUUAAUGAUUACUUCAGCAGCACUUUAUCACUUAGCAUGGCUACUGAAUAUCACAUUAGAUAUACGCAAUAUAUGUGUAUUUCUAGCACCUCUAUUUUCAAGUUUUACUACAGUUAUUACUUAUUUGUUAACUAAAGAAUUAAAGGAUUCUGCAUCCGGGUUAUUUGCUGCAGCUAUGAUUGCUGUUGUACCGGGUUAUAUAUCUCGUUCUGUAGCAGGAUCAUACGAUAACGAAGGCAUAGCUAUUUUUUGUAUGUUAUUCACAUAUUAUAUGUGGAUCAAAGCAGUAAAAACUGGAGCAAUCUGUUGGGCAACAUGUGCUGCAGUUGCAUAUUUUUAUAUGGUGUCCUCGUGGGGUGGUUAUGUUUUUCUAAUCAAUUUAAUUCCACUACACGUACUGACUCUCAUGGUUACUGGUAGAUUUUCACAUAGGAUAUAUAUAGCUUAUAGCAUUUUAUAUUGUCUCGGUACUAUUUUGUCUAUGCAAAUAUCUUUCGUUGGUUUUCAACCUGUACAAAGUUCUGAACAUAUGCUAGCAUUGGGAGUUUUUGGAUUGUGUCAGAUUCAUGCAUUAGUGGAUUAUUUACGUAGUAAAUUAUCACAAAAUGAUUUUGAAAUGCUCUUUCGAGGUCUUCUUAUUUUUACUAUAGUCACAUCUUCCGUAGUAGGUGGCAUUUUGACGAUAACAGGAAAAAUAUCUCCAUGGACUGGCCGUUUUUAUUCUCUUUUGGAUCCAUCUUAUGCAAAGAAUCAUAUACCAAUAAUUGCAUCUGUUUCCGAACAUCAACCUACGGCAUGGAGUUCAUUUUAUUUUGAUCUUCAAAUAUUAGUAUUUCUAUUUCCAUCAGGUUUAUAUUUCUGCUUCUCAAAAUUAACUGACUCCAACAUUUUCCUCAUUUUGUAUGGUAUAACUAGCUUGUAUUUUGCUGGUGUCAUGGUACGUUUGAUGUUAGUACUUGCUCCAGUUAUGUGCAUUUUGGGUGGAAUAGGUGCAUCUUCUUUGCUACUUACAUAUAUGAAGCAAAUCGAUAGUGGAAAAAUUGUUGACAAAAGAGCAAAGAAGUUUGAAAGUAACUAUGUACUAAGGAGUGAGAUUGCAACUAUUUUUGUGGUAAUAAUGUGUAUACUUUUUUUCUCAUAUACCAUUCAUUGUACUUGGGUUACAGCAGAAGCUUAUAGUUCUCCAAGUAUUGUAUUGUCUGCACGUUCUCCGGAUGGUGGUCGUAUGAUCUUCGAUGAUUUUAGAGAAGCGUAUUAUUGGUUACGUAUGAAUACUCCAGAGAAUGCCAAAGUAAUGUCAUGGUGGGAUUAUGGAUAUCAGAUAACUGCUAUGGCCAAUCGUACCAUUUUAGUAGACAAUAAUACGUGGAAUAAUACGCACAUAUCAAGGAUUGGUCAGGCAAUGGCAAGUUCAGAAGAUAAAGCAUAUGAAAUAAUGAGAGAACUAGAUGUAAAUUACGUUCUUGUGAUUUUUGGAGGACUUACGGGUUACUCAUCAGAUGAUAUUAACAAGUUCCUAUGGAUGGUCCGUAUUGGCGGUAGUACGGAAAAAGGAAAGUCUAUAACAGAAUGGGAUUAUUAUAAUGGUGCAGGAGAAUUUAGAGUUGAUAAGGAAGGUUCUCCUGUUUUACUUAAUUGCCUCAUGUAUAAAAUGUGUUAUUAUAGAUUUGGACAAGUUUAUACAGAAGGAGGUAAACCUUCGGGUUAUGAUAGAGUCAGAAAUAUGGAGAUAGGAAAUAAAGAUUUUGAACUAGACACAUUAGAAGAAGCAUACACAACGGAACAUUGGCUAGUACGAAUUUAUAAAGUAAAAGAUUUAUGGAACAGAGGAGCUUGAUUAGUUGUAUCAAAGACAGUCAAAAUAAUGCAAAUUCUACUUACUAUUAUAUUUGUUCAUGGAUUUUUCAGUUAUCAGUGAUAUCAGGCAGUAAAUAUAUACUCAAUAUCGUUAUAUAACUGAAUUUUCUAGAAAAUAAUAUUCUUGAAAAGUGCUUGAGAACAAAUUUUGAUGAGUAUUUACACGUGCUUUGGAUCAAAGAACUAAGUUCUUGAACUCUUAAAAUGAAAACAAGUUACAAGUUUGUAUCGUGCAGAUGAAAAUAUUUUUUCAUGUUCUGCAAAUUGUUGAAUAGUCAUAUUUCUUUUUAAAGAAAUAUUCUAUUAUGCAAGAAUAAAUGCAUUGUCUACUAGAAAUCUUACAUCUGUCUAGCAUUUGUACAAAUGUCAUCAUUGAAUAUAUAAAACUAUACUGCUUAUUCAUUUAUUAUGUAUAAUGUUUAUAUAAAAUAUGAAACACACACAAAAUGGUUAAAUCAUCGAUUUGUACUUUGUAUAUUUUUUAGAUUAUGUAUGAUAAAGAAAUACUUGAACAAUAAAUGUCUUUUAUUUCAGGUAUGUUGAUUUCGUUAUACAAUUAUUUUGUAACUGCUUUAUGAUCACAGUAUUGAAACAAAUGUCUCUAGGAUUAACAUGUUGCUUUCCAUUAUUGUGAUAAAUAUGUAAAUUAAUCGUUUUAGUAUAAUCUCGUCCUUACAAAUAAAAAUUUUUAAGAUUUCAUACGUUAUCUUCUAAUAGACCAUAACGGAUCUAACUGGCUUAAAGGAUCGACAAAUGCUUCGUUCGUUUUAUCUGUUGCAAUUGAUUGAAUAGUGUUGCUAUGUGUUGAUACUACAGCAUCAGCUGGAACAGAUAUAUAUGUAUAUAUUUAUAAAUAAUGAACUUUUGAUGAACUUGUAUAGAAAGAAAUUAAAUUGCAGACAAAGAUAUACCACCUUUAUCUAAAAAUUUAUAUAAAUAAAAAUACACACCUCUUUGUUUGGUUUCGGAAUGUCCGCCAACACUAAGAUUAUGUAAAAAAUCAUCUGAAGGAUGUGUUUUUCUAAUGGUUUUUUCCUUAUUUAAUUUAAGGCUUUCAAAUCCUUCGAACGUAGAUCGAGUAGAAGAUAAAAUGCCUCCUGUAU